AUGGAAUCUUUUUUAAUCCUAUUAGAGACUCCUCCAAACAUAAACCUCCAUUUAGACAACCUAGCACUAAAAACAGGAAGUCUAUUUAAAGGGGUAAAAUCAAUUCCUACAGGCGCUCACUAUUUAUUUUACAAUUUUGAAGGCGGGACAAAGUCAGGUUUCUUUUUCUAUGCAGAAGAAAGAAAAGCAACAAUUAAAAAAUGAGACCCACAGACAGAAAAUUUUAGUAAAGUCAGCACAGAAGAUGAAGAAAUAUAUGAAAGCAAUAUAAGGGAAUUUGAUGUACUUUUAGUUGAAUAUCCCAAUAUGAAUUAUCAAAUCUGGCAACUUUUGGCAUGCUAUAUUAACUCAGAAGUAAUCGGAAAAAUUGAACCUAUCAGCAAUAUAAUCAGCCAGAUUAAUGAAGAAUAUUCAACGUCUGAAGAAAACCUUGAAAAAUUUUCGAUUGUGAAAGGAUCGUUAUUUUAUACACAUAUCCCAAAAUCAAUAGCAAAACCAAACAUAACCCCUGAAGAAAUCACACAGAUGAAUUUUGAUAAAUCCUUUAUCCUUUAUGAUCUACUUAACAAGGAUUUCCAAAAUCCAGAAAAUCUGCUUGGAGAACUCCAAUUUUCAUUUUUAGCAUUUUUACUUGGCGAUUCACUUGAAAGCUUUUAUCAAUGGAAAAAUAUUUUGAUUUUGCUUUGCAACUGCGAGUCUGCAUUAUUGCAAAUCCCAUCUUUUUUUGAGAAAUUUAUCCCAGCCUUCUACUCCCAACUCCAAUCAAUAUCUCAGGACUUAUUUACAGACGACCUAAUAGGCCCUAAUUUUUUAUCUUCAUGCCUUCGGUCCUUCCUCAGUCUUCUCCACAAUAAAAAUCUCCCACCUUCAGUAUAUACCCGCGGCAAAAAAUUCAAAAAGCUUGUAAAAUCUAUGUUAAAAAUAUCAGAAUUCGAAAUGUGUGAAGACGAAGAAGCUCCUAUAAUAGUUGAGAUUUAA